AUGAUCAUCCCUUCUACGCUCCACCAACGAGAUAAUGUGCCCAGCAGAGGUAGGGUCUACAGAUGCCCUGGACGCGGGAAAAGGUGUAGGCUCGUUCCUGAACCGGGGAGAGAGCAUAUCGAGGGAGGGAUCGCUGACCAUACCAGGCGUGCGCUAAGCCCCACCUCUGACCUCGAAAUCCUCGAACGGUUUAUUUCCAACCUCGAGGAACGCAGUCUGGAGCUCGAAGAAAGGAUUACAGAGCGCGAUAGUCUGGAGCUGGAGGGACGGGCGGGCAGGUGCUCAGUGUGCGGUGACUGGAUGCCUGAAACCCGUGGAACAUUGCAUGUCUGCCCUGGGAGUCCCGGUGACUCAAAAGAGGAGCCGCGGGUGAAACGAUGCUCAGUGUGCAAUAAGUGGCUCCGUACAGGCGGUGGUGUGCACAAGUGCCCGGGGGGCGGAGGACGAGGGAAGAAGGGGAAUUGA